CCCAGUUUCACUCCUCUGUCAGGUCCUUCUGCCCAGACACUGAUGACGAGUUUCCUUUCUCACCCACAUUGGGAGUCCAGAUCCUGCCUAAUCAACAGAGUCCUUGUUCAUGGCUGCUGGAUAGAAAUUCCAACCACCAGCACCACCGCCUACAACUCAGACGCCCCAGAUCCGAGAUGGGGGCGAUGGCUCCGUGCACGCUGCUCCUGCUGCUGGCGGCCGCCCUGGCCCCGACCCCGACCCGCGCGGGCUCGCACUCGCUGCGGUAUUUCUACACCAUCGUGUCCCGGCCCGGCCUCGGGGAGCCCCGGUUCAUCGGUGUGGGCUACGUGGACGACACGCAGUUAGCAUGCUUCGACAGCGACGCGGAGACUCCGAGAGUGGAGCCGCGGGCGCCGUGGGUGGAGCAGGUGGGGCCGGAGUAUUGGGAGGAAAUCACACAGAGAGCCAAGGACCAUGAGCAGAUUGCCAGAGUGAACUUGAGGACCGCGCUCCGAUACUACAACCAGAGCGAGGGCGGCUCUCACACCAUCCAGGCGAUGUACGGCUGUGACGUGGGGUCGGACGAGCGCCUCCUCCGCGGGUACAGUCAGGACGCCUACGACGGCCGCGAUUACAUCGCCCUGAACGACGACCUGACGACGUGGACAGCGGCGGACACGGCGGCGCAGAUCACCCGGCGCAAGUGGGAGCAGGCUGGUGUUGCAGAGAGACGGAGGGCCUACCUGGAGGGCGAGUGCGUGGAUUCCCUGCGCAGACUCCUGGAGAUCGGGAAGGACGACCUGCAGCGCACAGAUCCACCAGAGACACAUGUGACCCAUCACCCCAGAUCUCAAGGUGAUGUCACACUCCGGUGCUGGGCCCUGGGAUUCUACCCUGCUGACAUCACCCUGACCUGGAAGAGAGGUGAGGAGGAGCAGACACAGGAAAUGGAACUGGUGGAGACCAGACCUGCAGGGGAUGGAAGCUUCCAGAAGUGGGCAGCUGUGGUGGUACCUUUUGGAGAGGAGAUGAAAUACACAUGCCAUGUGCAGCAUGAGGGUCUGCCUGAACCCCUCACCCUGAGAUGGGAGCCACCUCAGUCCAUCCCCAUCAUGACCAUUGUUGGUUCUGUCCUUGGAGCUGUGGUGAUCUUAGAUUUUAUCAUUGGAGGUGUUAUGAUGUGGAUGAGGAAGAACACAGUCAACCUCCCUAAUUCAGCAAACAGGAUAGGACAUCUCCAUCCAACCAGCUCCACGCUGCCCUGAGCUACAGACAUCAUUUCCCCACUGAAAAUAAGUAUCUGUACAUGAACUUCAUUGUUCAAGUUCUUCACCUCAUGUUUGAUUGGUGGGUAAAUGAAAGAGUGAAUUAUUAAAUUUUUGUGAAGGAAAUAACUAGCAGCAUGGAGAACCUUCUGGAAUCUAUGUUCCUUGUGCUGUGAGUAUUCGGCGGGACAGUGUGGUGAUAUAUUGUAUACUCUAAUAAAUUAGCCUGAUAAUCAGAGGACAGAGCCAGCCACUAAAUUAGACAUAGAGAUCAGGCACUGGUGGCACACAUCUUUAAUCCUAUCACUCUGGAGGCAGAGAUCCAUCUGGAUCUCUGGGAGUUCAAGGUCACACUGGGCUACAUGAGCUGAUCCAGCCUAGGAGAGAAACAGAGCCAGGCAGUGGUGGCACAUACCUUUUAUCCCAGUACUGGGAAGCACACAUGCCUUUAAUCCCAGGAAGUGGCAUUGCUGGACAGAGAACAGUAUAAAGGUGUGAGGAGAUAGAAUCCAAAGGCAGUUCAGCUGAGACCCGUUCAGGUGAAGACUGGGAGGAUUUCAGUCAGAGGAUUCAUGGAGCUGGUGAGGUGAGACAUGGCUGUAGCUUGCUCUACUUCUCUGAUUUUUUCAGCUUUUACCUCAAUAUCUGGUUCAGGGUUUAAUUUUUUAGUUAAAAGACCAUUUAAGAAUUCAAACAACAGGACAGGAUGCAGCUGUGGGAGCUGAGUGUAAACAGUGCUGUGCCCAGAUGUGGCUCAUAGGGGGUGGGCUUUGAUGUGGUCACACCUCAGCUCUGUCACCUCCUGGAUCUGGUCUCCACAUCUGUUGUAGAACACAUGCUGACAGGGCCUGCGAUCUAACUUGGCCAGGCCAGGUCCUGUGUCCAGGAUUAUGAGCAGCCAGGGCAGCAGUGGCAGUCAACCUGGGCUCCUUCCAGGCCGUGGCUCUCCUCCCUAGUUUCUGGGAAGGACAAGGCCUGUUUCUAUUCAGAUGGUGCUGGUGUCCUACCUUGGGGCCCAAGGGUGACAGUCUUGGGCUCAGGGUCCAGAGACACUGCCCUGGGUGGGUGGGGAAAGAGGCUCCUCUUGCUGCUCUGAGAGCAAAGCUGUAAGAAAGCCAUUGCACACCUUUAAUCCCAGCACAUGGGAGGCAGAGGCAGGUGAAUCUCUAAUUUCUAGGCCAGUCUGCUCAUAGUGAGUUCCAGAACAGCCAGAGCUACAUAGAGAGAUCCUGUCUCAAAACAAAAACAAAACAAACAAACAAGCAAAAAAGUCACUGCAACCCCAGGAAAUCUUCAGAGGGCUCAUACCUUGACUUCCUUGAGGAUCCUGAUGGGGACUUGAGUGUGCCAGACCCUCAGACCCAACCACAGAUUGGGUAGGGACAAUGGCAGUGAGGGACCCUGAGAAAUAGCUACAGUUAGGUAGAGGUGAGGAGGUGAGGGGCAGCUGCAGAUGGGGUAACUAGAAAGCCACAAUAGGCUAGAGCUUUCAGAAAGCCUGUUGGCAAGAUCCUAAACAUUUUCACCAAAGAAACCACAUGCCUUUGAGGAGAUGUGUUUAUUCCCAUUCAGAUGUUAUACCAUGUAUGUGGGUGUGAACCAUCACAGGAUAGCCCACAAAUACACACAAUGUCAUGAUUCAUUUAGUAGUUAAAAAGGAGCCUGCACAAAGGCCUGCUGACCUGCAAAGGAGCCACCAAACCCAGAGACCUCUUGGUGCACCAAAUACAGCUCACCCAGGCAAAGACAAAACAUUCAGAGAAAACCUCAGGAGACUGAGAGGCCUUAGGCAGACCCCAGGAGGGGAAGGAGGGGAAGUGCAGCCCCAGGACCAUUCUUGGGUCCCAGAGCCCACCUGCAGGUUCUUGCCUUCACUGUGACAAUUCACAUUUCUUAGAUCCUGCUCCUUCCCACUAGAACCCCAAUCUGAACAUUUGUCCUGGUGGCUCACAAGGGGCAUGCUUGGCUACUAGCGCUGGGGACAGGCUGGGCGGGGAACUGGGAGGGGACCUGCAUGGCAUGUCCCACCACCUGACACUUAAACCUUCAGGCCUGGGACUUAGAGUCCUGGAGCAAGAUUCCUGCUUUAGUCAUUUACCAAGAAGUCAUUGAGAAAUGAAAUACUGAGUGACCUGGACCAGGUGGGACCAGGGAUCCACAAGCACACAGUUAGCUCUGAGUUUGUGAGCUCACUGGAGCUGAGAGGUCCUUGGUGCAAGACUGGCAGGCCAACCAGAAGCCCUGGAUGCAGUCAGACUGGGGCACAGAAUUCUGGGAUUGAACUGGAGAGGAGACAGCCUCCUGUUGCCAGGUGGGAGGAGACAAGCUUUGCUGUGAAUUCUCAUUCUGGAGCUCUGUGCCUUCUCAAUGCAGCAAACACAGUGAGGCCAGCAGCAGCAGCACCUGAUGGAGAGCCUCAGAGUCACUGGGAUCUUGCUCUCUGUGGCUCUUGGGGACUUGUCACCAAGGUCUCCUGGUCCUGUGUAACAGGGCUGCUCUGAGGCAACACCUACCCUCCACCCUGCCAGGAGAUGACCCCACACUGGCACUCAGUCUGCAGAUCAACCAGAGCUCCAUUCUGAGUUGCCUGGUGUGCUUUGGCAUCACCACCUGCAUCCAGUGCCUAAACUGCCAUCUCAUGGACCGGAUGCAGGAGCUACCAAGGCAGGUGCACCAGCCCCACCCCACAACUCCACCUGCCACUGUGGCUUCAACUUGUCCCACAUUUUGCUAGCCAGCACCUCACAGCCAGAGAGGAUGAGGACCACCUAGAACUGCCUACUACAGUUGGGAAUUUCCCAGAGGCCUGCCCAGAGAAGAUUCCUCCCAGGGUCCUGGGGAAGAUGCUAUGUCCAAUCUGGGGUUAUCUGAGGGAAAAGAAUCUAUGUACACCAUGCUCUUUCAUCUGUUUACUUUAUUUCUCUAAGACGAAAUUCUAUCUAUACAGCUUCAGCUCCAUCCUCACAUUCAGCUCCUCUCUGUACCUCCUUUUCCUGUCUUCUCAUAGUCCUAAUUAAGCUCCUAUGCUUUCAACCUCAUCUUUAUCCUCUGUUCCUUUCUCUUCCAUCUCUCCUUCCUUGCUCCUUACUCCUGGCUCUGAGAAACUCUGCCUCCUCUCUUCUCUCUGGCCACUUGUUCUGCCUGACCCAGAAAUUCCCGCUCCAGUCUUUACUGCAUAUGGUUAUGCAAAAAGCCCUAUUGUCCUGAGGCAAUAGCUCUGCAGUGCUACUAGGCCUGAAGGCAAGGGAUGGUCUGAGCUUCAUUUGCACAAGAAACAAAGCUCUGCAUCUACAGUCCCUUCCACAGUCAACCUUCCUGGUCCAGCAGACAGGAGGGGACAUCUCCAUCCUGUCACCUCCACGAUGCCCUGAGCUGCAUCUCCUGACUUCCCAACUGAAAAUAAGAAUCUGAAUGUCAACUUGAUUGUUCACGUCCUUGACCUGAGAGAUUGGCGGGUCAAGUUAAAGGAGAGGAUCCUGAAAGUGUGAUGGAGACAAUGAAUGGCAGCUUGGAGAACCUUCUAGAAUCUGUGUUUGCUGUCCUGAGUGUCAGGGGGACAGGAGGAGUGUGUGGGAGCUGAGGGAGGAUGGGGCUGUGCCAUGGGGAGCUCAGUCCAUGUGUGAAUUGUUGUGGUCAGUCCUCAGCUAUGUCCUCCUGGACUCUUGUCCUUGUCACUUAGUAUAACCACGUCCUGACAGAGUCUGUGAUCACAGGGACACUGGGAUGACAGAGCCUUGUCCUGUCCCCAAGAUUGUGAGCAGCCAGGGCUGGUGUGACAGGUCAGCCUGGGCUCUGACCUGGACAUGGCUCUUCACCCCGUCUUCUCUGCUUAUUUCUUGUCUUUUUAGUUUGAAUGGAGGACUAGGCCUGUUCUUGUUCCUGUGAGUGGUGCCUGUCUCAUCCCCCUUUGGGGUCCCUGAGUGACAACAAGAGGAGGCAUUUUCCAUCCUGGUCCCCUCAAGUCCCCUGCACACAGGAGACUGUGGCCUGAGAUGAACUUCAGUCUCCUGAGCUCCUGCCUCCUUCCAGGGAUGUUGCCUGGAGUUUCUCCCAUUUUCCAUCUUUGAGAAUCUCACUCCUGUCUGUAGGAUCAGCAGAGAGGACUGGUUUGGGGUGUUUACCCACCACCCCCACAGUUCCCCAGAGUUUUCUUGAGUGCGAGCAGCAGGAAAUAUUAGAUAGAAGGAUUUAUUGUGGAGAAUCUUGCGGAGAUAAACAGAUAGAAAAUAAAGGAUAGCCUCGAGAGGGCCUGGAACCUUUUCCCAUGGGCCCGACUGUCUCUGCCCCAGGGUUUUUAUAGAGAUGCCAAGGGGUGGAGCAAAAGACCUCCUCCCCCAGCACAGCCAAGUGCAGACCAUCCCAGACACCUGCACUCAGGCCCGUGGUCCUAAUUAUCCUCUAUGCGGACCUGCUGGGUAAAGCCAUGAGGAACCCGAGAACGGGCUCCCACAGGUCCCCCUUUCUUAAUGUAUAAAAAAUAACUAUUAAUGGCUUACAGCAAUCUCCAUAGCUGUUACACCUCCCAAUAUGGGAGUAGAGGAUGAUAAAGAUGGCAUUUCUCUUUUGAAUUAGGUCCAAGGUGACUACAGCAGUCUUAGCUGCUUCAAGCCCUUUCUAAACCAAAAACUCUUAAGGCGACUACAAACUUAAAGAAUCCCUUAGCUUCAUCAUUACCAUUAACAGGUUAACAUAAAUAUUGCUAUACAUAGUCACAAUUCUCAGUCUUACAACACAAAGCAAACUCCCAACAGAACCAUUUGAAUUAGCAUAUAUGGUGCUAUAUAUAGUUAACAAUUUUCUCCGUCUUACAACUUUAA